AUGAUUGAGAACUGGGCUUUAUGCGAGAAUUGUAUAGGUGUUUGGGAAGACUGCAUCCAUUCAAGUCAGGUCCAUCAAAGACCCUAUUAUCUCAGGCGUUUUGAAGCGGGUUGGAUCUAUACACGGCUAUUAGAUCAUGGUACUGAGCUACUGGCUAAGCUAAAAGAAUACGAGUUGGAAGCACUGGUACUACAAAAGCUAUUAGACCAACACAUGUAUCGAUUGGGAAAGAGAGGAAAAUGGUAUGAAAGACUAGCAUUAGUUCAGGCAAACUAUCUUCAUAAAGAUCAAGUACGGCUACAGAAAAAGAAGGCACUUGGUACUUGUAUUGAUGCUAUCCAUGAUCCCCGAGUACAUCAAAGUAAGUCAGACUAUAGUGAACGCAUCUCUGAGGAAAUCAUUGGAAAGAAAUCGAUUUGGAGAGGCGAUGAUGGAUCCGAAUGUUCUGUUGAAAAAGUAGCUAUUGAGUAUUAUCAAAAGCAAGGCUACAAAGGGCUUCAUUGUGAAAAUGGCAUUAUUCGUAUGAUUGCUGUACUUUUGUUUUGGGACGUCAUUUUUGCUUCUAUACCAGGCGUGUUUGAAACACCUUAUCAGAGCGAGCCUUUAGAUCUUCGUACAGAUGCGUUUUAUGAGAGCAUCAAUUGGAAUUAUGAACUACAAGACAUUUUAGAAAUUGCCGAAUGUAUUGGCCCUUUGUCUUUAGCUUCUUUAUGCAAGUUGUUUUUUGAAGAAUUUGGACAACGUCAAGGUGGCAUGCCUGAUUUAUGUUGUUGGAACUAUGAAAAAAGGCAUUGCUUGUUUUCUGAAGAAACCCUGACAAGUGUAGGCAUUCCAGUUGAAGUCUGUCAUGUUCAAGUAUGGCGAGGUGAAGAUAUCUUUUUAAAGUGA